GCACACUGUCGUUUGACUGCUACCGAACUGUUAAACAACCACUAUGUCAGAGUUCGCCAUACGCGCGCAAACAUAUGUUGUGUGUGCUGUGAUGAUUGGUUGUUUUGCUAUACUUUAUCCAAAAGUGUUUCAUCCCAUGAUUUUGCGUUCCCUCGGAAUUGCAAGACAACCUAAGCCGGUUGAACAUGGUAAGUAGUGGCUUCCCUCUGCGCGGAAGACUGCUUUCUUUCCCUCGUUGUAGACCAUGUUCCAAAACCGCACAUGCGUCAGGCAUCUAUUUAUCGUGAAAAGCCAUUUCCUCCUAAAACUUCAGACACAGUUACUUCGCCGAAACGUGGUGGCAUUUUAACUGUGGUCCUUCCUUUAUAUGGCGUGGGCAUUGCGAUUUAUCUUAUAUACACCCUAUCCAGAGUAUACAAAUCGCGUCAACGGCACAAAGCAGAUCGAAAGGAUGAGUUUUUGCGUCACUACUACCGCGGUUUCCAUUACGACGUCAACCGGGGUAAAUUUCGGAUGGGCCACGGGUCUUCUGACGAGGACUCUUGCUUGCCUGAAGAUGAAGGUGAUUGGGGGCUGCUUUCACAAUCUUUUGAACGAACCGGAAAACAUGGACAUUCUGAACAGAACGAGGCUUUCGAUUGGACGUCAAUCGAUGGCACUGAUUGUCCGAACAUUUAUCGCUCUGCGAAGACUUUACCUCGUGACUUGGAAGCAUUGCUGAAGGAGUUGGAAAGUCCGGAUAAAGUGGAUACUGACGGCUUAUCUGCUUUACGAGCCCGUCUCGAGAAGACGGAACAUGAGAUGACGCAGUUAUUGCGGACCAUGGAUCAGGCGGAGCACUAUAUCGGUAGAUUUUCCAACGAAGUUGACAUGAGCGCGUCCACCGAGCACUACGCUACAACUCCAGCUUUUACUGAAGACGACUCUGACAUAGGCUCUGACAUUGAAGUCACUGCAAGCGAAGGAGAAGUGGAUGCCCUGGAGCUGACGUCAUCUGUCAACGCAGCAUAUACAUGACUCCUGUCUAUUCAUACUAUUUAUCUAGCCUAUCAAUUUAGUGAGCAUUUUACACUAUUGUUUCGCUUUUUAUUUGUUACCUGGUUUCCGAGUAUUUAUUCUCCUUGCUUUUUCUGCCUUUAUUUUCUCGUACUUCUUGACUUCGGGCCAUCGCCAUCGUUGCAUUUCUUCUCCCCAUUCCCUUUGUAUUUCUUCACUAAUAUUGUUUACCUUGAGCCUUUCCUCACUUUGCAUGUACACCCCCCACUGUACAAUGAUCUCUGUUUG